GUCUAACUUGAUGCUGGUUUUAGCGGUGUUGGGAUUCGGUGUGGCAGCAGGGGAAAUCUGGGAUAUCUGGGAAAGGGGAGUCGGUGAAAACCGGGACUAAACCGGCAGAAAUCCCGACGAAGCCUUGACCGUCACACCGCGGGGUCUCGUACCGGACUCUCCCUCUCUGUCCCCCCGUCGGUGGCUGCGGGUUUUCUCCAAGAAAUCUCCCUGGAUCCGCACAGGUGAUUGAAGGUCCUCUGUGUUCUGUGUUGGAGCUGGACUGAGCUGGACUGAGCUGGACUGAGCUGGACUGAGCUGGACUGAGCUGGACUGAGCAGCGUGAGCAGACCGAAGAUGGACCAGUUGUCAGACGAGGAGGUGGAGGUCAGGGAUGAGGAGGAGGAGGAGGAGGACAGCGAUAAGGACGACCAGGACCUGGAUAAGAUGUUCGGAGCCUGGCUGGGAGAGCUGGACAAACUCACGCAGGUACACAAAAGUCUGGAUGAUGGUCGCCCGGAGCAACCGCCUCAGCAGAAGGCUCCCCUCAGACAAGAGACCAACAUGGCGAACUUCUCCUACAGAUUCUCCAUCUACAACAUCAAUGAGGCGUUGAAUCAGGGGGAGAACGUGGACCUGGAUGCUCUCAUGGCGGAUCUCUGCUCCAUCGAACAGGAACUCAGCACCAUCAACGCAAAACCCAACAGCACCGGCAGCAUGGCUCGCCUGGGGCUGACCGACACCAAGGUCCGUCAAAAACCCCCAGUAGGGCGCAGUAGCCGGCAGCAACCAGCAGGGAGCAGCAGCGGUGGAAACGGCGGCGGCGGCGGCGGGGGCGGGGGCAGCAGUAACAGUGUUAGCGGCGGGGGGGGCAGCAGCGGGGCGAGCAGUAGCAGCAGCAGCACCAGAGCGUCACCUGCUGGCACUAUCAGAGCCCCCCCCGGGCAUCCUGGGAGACCAGCACUGGCCUCUAACUUCAGUCUGGACGACAUCACUGCCCAGCUUGAGAAGGCGUCUCUCAGUAUGGAUGAAGCUGCUCGUCAGACCUCCUCCCACUCCCUUAGCUCCGCCUCCUCCUACACAUCCGCCACGAUGCGCCGACCCGGAUCGUCUCAGCGCCAACAUCGGCGCACGGGAUCCGUCGGCACAGUCAGCGAGCAUGAGGCGCGUUCAAUCGUUCACUCGUCGCGCUCCUCCGUCACCUCUGCGUCCGGGGUUUCUGUGAACUCUGCCUCGUCCAUGGACUCGUUGGACAGCGUUCUCCGCUCCAGUGAAUCAGACGGCCAGCAGCCUUCAGCCAUGCCCUCAGCUGAAGGAGCCGGUCAGAGCCAUCCCCACACAGAGCACUCCUAUCUGGACAGGGAAACCUCUCUGAUUCUGAGAAACAUAGCAGGGAAACCUUCCUACCUGCUGACCAAGGGCUGCCAAGCUGAAGGCAGAGAACAUCCGAGUCGCCCUGGAGAAGAUCAAGGAGGCCCAGGUUAAAAAGUUGGUGAUACGCGUUCAUUUGUCAGACGAGAGCUCAAAGACCAUGAUGGUGGACGAGAGACAGACGGUCAGACAGGUUUUGGACAGUUUGUUGGAGAAAUCUCACUGUGGUUACAGUCCAGACUGGUCUCUGGUUGAAACCAUCAACGAGCUGCAGAUGGAGCGGAUCUUCGAGGAUCAUGAGAACCUGGUGGAGAACCUGCUGAACUGGACCAGAGACAGCCAGAAUCUCCUGAUGUUCACUGAACGCAUCGAGAAGUAUGCUGUCUUCAAAAACCCCCAGAACUAUUUGUUGGGGCGGAAGGAGACAUGUGAGAUGGCUGAGAGAAACAAAGAGGCUCUGUUAGAGGAGUGUUUUGGCGGCAGCUCGGUGUCCGUCCCCGAGAUGGAGGGAGUGUUGUGGCUAAAAGAGGACGGAAAGAAGUCGUGGAAGAAACGCUACUUCCUGCUGAGGGCUUCUGGCAUCUACUAUGUUCCCAAGGGAAAGGCCAAGGCAUCCAGGGACCUGGUGUGUUUCCUCCAGUUGGAUCACGUUAAUGUCUACCUCGGCCAGGACUACAAGAGCAAGUACAAGGCCCCCACCGACUACUGCAUGGUGCUGAAGCACCCUCAGAUCCAGAAGAAGUCUCAGUACAUCAAGUACCUCUGCUGUGACGAUGUCAGAACCCUCCAACAGUGGAUCCACAGUAUUCGAAUAGCCAAGUACGGGAAGCAGCUGUACAUCAACUUUCAGGAGGCAAUGAGGCGGACAGAGGCGGCCUACGAUUGGUCCUCCCUCUCUUCUUCCUCCAUCAAGUCCGGAUCCAGCUCCUCCAGCCUUCCAGAGUCCCAGUCCAACCACUCCAGCCAAUCGGACAGUGGCGUUUCAGAGAUGACAUCAUCAGGCCACGCCCGCUCGCAGAGUGUCGUCAGCUCCAUCUUCUCCGACGCCUGGAGGAGAGGAACGCAAGGAGAGAUGAUGAGGAUCGACCCUAUCAGUAGGCCCAUCCCUGUGCAGAUACCCUCCCCCCAGCCCACCCGGACCAGCUACACAGACGGCCUCCUCCCAUCUGAGGAUUCCUCUCCAUCACCGCCCUCUCCACCUCCGCCUCCCCCCCCCAUCGCAAGUGUCGCCCAUCAGCCAUCCACCACCCCCUCAUAUGUCAAGUACAGCACGCUGGCUCGGCUGCAGAGCCAGAACCAGAACCAGCCCAUGACGCAGCCAACAGGAGCCGCCCCACUUGCUCUUCCCAUCCAGUCUAUCAAAUCCAACUACAAUACCCUCCCAUCUACUUACAGCUCCUCCCCUCCCCUGCCGCCGUCUCCUCCCCCUCCUCCCCCACCCACGGCACCGACUCCUGGCUCAGCCAUGGCCGUGCUGAAAUAUGGUCCAUCGAGCCCCUCUGCUCUCCCACCACCACCCCCACUGGAUGAGGACUUGCAGGAGCACACCAACCUCCCGCCUCCUCCACCGGAGAACCCGGAGGCCAAUGGGUUGCCUCCGCCUCCCCUCCCCGACUCGUGCAAUCAGCUCUCCAACAGUGGCCUCCAGCAGUUCCUGGCACACAAGUUUCCACACAUGGUGUACGACUUCAGCCCAGAAACGAGUGAGGAUAAUUCUCCCCCUCCUCCACCUCCAGCUGAGCUUUCGCCCCCAACCACCCUGCAAGUUCUCCGGCCUCUGUCCCCCAAUCCGCCCCCCCCUGCGCCUCCCAAAACCUUCACUGGUGGUUUUCCUCCUCAAACUGCUCGCAAACCCUCGGGUCCUUCCUCCCUUCCAAUUGCCCUCUCACCUGUGUCACCAACACAGCCAUACAGCGGCCACGGGCCGGUUAAAAAGCAGCAAAGCUUCUCAACAGGACACUCUCCGAAUCAGCCGCCUCCCACUCUGCCAAAGCAGCACAGCCUCUCCUCCAAAAACCUUGCCCUCUCUCCUUCCUCCUCCUUUACUUCAGUCUCCAUUGCGGCCGCUACCUCCUCUCUGGUCAAACAGAUUGUCAAUCAGUUCCCGGGAAACUCGGCUACUUCUGCUCUGCCUGCCUCCAACUCCCCUGAUGGAUCUAAGUUCCCUGCUCCUCAGUCUCCUCCAGCGGUCAAGGCCAAACCAAAGUGGCAGCCCGGAGGCGUUGUGGCGCCACUGUCCCCAGAGUUCCCCCCUCCUCCUCCUGACAGCUCCCUGGGAGAAUUCCCUCCGCCUCCCUCUUCAUCCUCCUCCAAGACAGGCUCACCCAUAAAGAAGUCGCCUUCCACCUCGUCCACAGGAUCCAUCAAGCGGGGGCCUCCGCCAGCCCCACAGAGAGCCUCCUCCAUCCGGUCCAACUCAUCAGGCGAGACCCAGGACGAGAGGCCAAAGAAGGUGGAGAGCUUGGUCAACAAAUUUGGCCAAGCUCCUCAAACGGGUACCUCCUCCAGCUCCUCGUCGGCGACUGGGUCUCCUUCAAAGGAUUCUUCCGCGCUUCCCGCGCCGCUUCCUAAGCCGGGGAAGCUGAACUUAGCGAACCUCCCGUUGGCCCUCCAGGGGCUGCAGACAAGCCAGCCCCAUCAGCCUUCUGAGUUCCCAUCCCCUCCCCCUCCUCCUCCGCCCACCCAGCCUCCUCGCGUCGACACGUCGCCCGACUACUUCCCCCCGCCCCCCAGUGACUCUGAGCUUUUCCCUCCUCCUCCCCACCCAUCGGAGUUUCAUCACCCCCCAAAGGUCGCCGUGGUGAACCCCCAGCCUCAGAUGCAGCCGCCUCAACAGCCGGUGCCCUCCUCUUUAUCGUCCUCGACAUGGAAACAAGGUUCGCUGAAAAAGGGGGCGAUCCUUCCUCCAACGUUGAACCGGCGGACGAGCAACACGACCCAGUAUGACAUCACAACCGUAAUGCCGCUCUCGCCUCCUCCUCUGUCUCAGACCCCACCUCCCUCCCUGUCCUCUUAUUCUUCCUCCUCCUCACCCACCCCCCCCACCUGCCCGAAAUCCCCGGGGCCAAGCACACUGGCACUAAAGCCCCACUUCCUGGAAGACCUCAACCGCACCCUAAAGCGGAAGUCGGUGUCUCGCCACGGCUCACUCACCUCCUCCCACCUCAUCCCCUCCUCUAAGAUGGAGCCCGUGGCCACCAUGGACGACAUGGCGCUCCUGCCGCCUCCUCCCCCUGAGCUCAUGCAGCAGCAGCAGCACGGUGUGCGAGGACACUCCCACACUUUGUCCCGCCACCACUCGCACUCCCAUUCCACCAAACAUGCCAACAUCUCAGGCUAUGCAACGCUGCGGCGAGGCCCACCUCCCGCUCCGCCAAAACGGGACCAAAGCACCAAACUGACCAGUGACUGGUAGGGAGCGAGGACACUGGGCGGAGCCUAAAGAACUAAACUGACUAUUUAGGUCUCGUGCAGAGAAGAAAUAAUCAACGUUUUGUCUUGACUUGUCCGUCUCUCCUCAUCCUAAACCAUCCACCCCUUUGAAUUCCAAGCUAGUAGCAAACCGUCUUUCCUACUCUUAAUCUCAGAUUAUGAUUGUUCCUAUUAUCCUCAUUAUUACUAUCAUUAUCAAUACAUGUUUAACCCAAUGCCAUGAGUAAAAUAUAUGUAUGUAUGUAUAUAUUUAUAUGUACAUACAUACAUACAUACAUACAUACAUACAUACAUACAUACAUACAUACAUACAUACAUAUGUAUAUCUGUAUACAAGCAAGCCAGAAAAGAAUAUCACCUAUCAAGCUUUUUUCACAAUGUCUGUGCAGCUUUGCAUUGAAGUAUACAAAAGACGAGACUUGAAUAACAACAGCAACAGGGACAAUUUGCUGCACAAGAACUGGUACUGCAUGGAGCCGCGGCGAUGGAAGUAACGUUACCGAUGAAGGGAAGGAGGGACCCAGGGAAGGAACAGGAGAUGCAAAAGUGGGACGAUGUGUAUAGAAAUGUACGUUGUGAACUGGGAGGGGGAGCAUUGCCGUUUAUUUCUAAGGUUUUUGUGUGUGUGUGUGUGUGUGUGUGUGUGUGUGUGUGUGUGUGUGUGUUUUUAUAUAAGAUUAUUUAAUACUGGAAAGAUAUUAUUAUUAUAAUUAUUUUAAGUUUUUAAGACGUGUCUGAAGAGAAUAAGUUUGACUGGACCUGGGUCUGUGUUCUCAAAAUAAUGUCAAAGUGUUGAUCUGAGUUACCAAACUGAGUGUAUAUUUGGAUCAUUUCAUCUAAUCAUAUAAAUUUAAACUUGAUUGGUUGGUGACUCCCACAGAUGAUUGCGACUUUAAAUGCACAGUGACUGAACAAAUACUUGUAAGCCAGCUAGAGGCUGUGCUCAGAUUACAGGCGUUAUGAAAUCCCAUUGCCUCAAACGAUAAUAUUACACCUGUUGUUCCCAUAUCGUCCCUUCUCUCUGUAAAGUGAAUGUCUCGGCCAUCAGGACCUAGCUUGCACAUUUUAGAUCUGCCUUUCCCUAACUCAGCUGUCCAACUAACCCAUUCAUAUUUAAAUGUGUUAAUAUCAAUGACUUUUGCAUUUUCAGGACUGUCAACCAGAAAGUCCUUUAAUCUGAGCCCAGCCUUAGCAAGUGCAUCAGUCAGCAACAUCAAAUGGAACAAUUCAGAUAAACUUGAUUUAACAGACAGUCUGUUAGGUAAUUGUUUGACAGCCAUUAAACCACGCAGCUAAUCGGCUACAAUGAACUCCGUCUGAAGGAAGGUGAUCAUCAAGUUACUAGUAAUAAAUCAGUCACUUGUUUGUCAUCUUAACGGCUGGUUCAGUCACUUUGUUAGUUAGUUAUUAAAGGUGUGUGUCCACUCAAAGCAUCUUAAAUGAUCUGAGAAACCCUGGGAACAAGUGCCUGAAUAACGUAAUGCUCAAACUGCUCACAGGUGCGUGGUAACAUCGUGCUGCGCAGACACCCUCGACUCUAACUUCUGUGAUGUCAACCGUUGGCUUUCUGACAUUUUGAUGCCCGGAGUUUAGGUUUACAAUUCACACACUGCCAUCUUUGUUAAAUACUGCAGACAGGAUGUCUGGAUUUGGGCGAAAAGAAGGAAGCCUGGGAGGAGCUGAUGUGGGACAACAAGCAGCAGCUAACAUGGGGGGGGGUGAUACUUUCACCCAGUGGAAGUAUCAAAAAA